UCUCCAGCGAGGAGCGGGCACGCACGCGCCCCGGCUCCACUCCCCCGCCACCCAGCACCGCCGCGUGAAUGCCGGAGAUCCCCUGCCGAGCCCUCCGACGAGAGAGCCACCGCGUCUGCUGGAAGCUGGUGCAGAGCCCCCCGCACCGCAAGAAGAAGAGCCAGCGGGAUGCCCGCCUCGUGUGACGCCUCCCCCGGCCACCCGCUGUUCGGCUGGGCCGACUACCUGGUGCUGGGCGCCAUGCUGGUCGUCUCCUCCGCCAUCGGCCUGUUCUACGGCUUCUGCGGGCCGCGCCAGCGCACCGCCAACGACUUCCUCAUGGGCGGCAACUCCAUGGGCACCUUCCCCAUGGCCAUGUCGCUGGCCGCCAGCUUCAUCACGGCCGUGGAGCUGCUCGGCAACCCGGCCGAGAUGUACGCUCACGGCACGCAGUUCUGGAUGACCUGCGUGUCCUUCGUGCUGGUGGUGCCCGUGUCGUCCUACCUGUACCUGCCCGUCUUCCACCGCCUGCAGCUCACCUCCGCCUACGAGUACCUGGAGAUGAGAUUCGACACGUGGACGCGCACCUUUUCGGCGGCCAUGUACAUCCUGCAGAUGGUCCUGUACACGUCGGUGGCUGUGUACGCGCCGGCGCUCGCCCUCAGCCACGUGACUGGUCUGAACACUUACGUUGCUGUGACCUGUGUUUACGUUGUAUGCAUAUUUUACGCUUCGCAGGGCGGCAUGAAGGCGGUGAUGAUCACCGACACCUUCCAGGCGGCCGUGCUGCUGGGCUCGCUGCUGCUGGUGCUGGCGCUGGGAGACCGCGCGGCCGGCGGCGCCUCCGUCGUCUGGGACCACAGCCUGCGCGGCGACCGGCUCGAGUUCUUCAACCUGGACCCGAGUCCCACGACGCGCCACAGCUUCUGGACGGUGGUCGUGGGCGGCACCUUCUACUGGACCGCCAUGUUCUGCUCCAACCAGGCCUCGGUGCAGAAGUGCCUGUCUGUGGAGACUAUCCGGCAGGCGCGCUGGGCGCUGUGGACCAGCAGUUUUGGUCUCAUUCUGAUAUUCACCAUUAACUUCUAUACGGGCAUGAUACUGUAUUCACACUACAACGCCUGCGAUCCUGUAAAAAGUAAGAUAGUGGCUGGGAGUGACGAGCUGCUGCCCCUCUACGUCAUGAGCACGAUGGGUCACAUGAAGGGACUCCCUGGCUUCUUCGUGGCUGGCAUCUUCAGUGCUUCUCUGGGGACCGUGGCGUCGGCGCUCAACUCGCUGGCCGCUAUCACGAUGAAGGACUUCGCGCACGGCCUCAUGGGCUACACCAUCCCCGAGAGCCGCGGGACUUUCGUAGCCAAGUGUCUGUCCGCGGGCUUCGGUCUGCUGAGCUUCGGGCUGGUGUUCGUGGUGGAGCAGCUGGGCAGCGUGCUGCAGGUGGCGCUCAGCUUCAACGGCAUGGUGGGCGGGGUCACUCUCGGCCUGUUCUCUCUGGGCAUGUUCUUCCCCUGGGCAAACGCCAAGGGGGCGCUGGCGGGGUCUGUGGUGGGGGCCGCGGUGGUGCUGUGGAUAGGGCUGGGCACGCAGGUGGCCACGGCUAGCGGCAGCAUCAGGCACGAGACCAAGACAACGUCUGUGGAGGGCUGCGCCUGCCUCAACAUCACCGACACCCACACUGCAGCCAUCGAUGAGCCGCGCGAGGAGGCCUUCGUGCUGUACCGCGUGUCGUACCUGUGGUACUCGGCGCUCGGCUACCUGGUCACGGUGGGGCUGGGGCUGGUCGUCAGCCUGCUGACCAGCUCGCGGCACGAGUACGACGUGGACCCGCUGCUGACGUCGCCGCCCGUGCGGCGGCUGCUGCGAGCCCUGCCCGACCGGCUCAGGCGCGCGCUCAAGCUCGCCGCCGAGGUGACCAGCUCGAAGCCGCAGGGACAGAAGCCCCGCGCGGGCGUGGUGAACGUCGCUGUGAGCCUGGACGACGAGAGAACCGUCCCUCGAGCGAUCCACAACUGCCCCAAGGGUGACAUGGAGACUAGUACCUGAAACCAACGACACACGUCUGUACCUGAACCUCGUGCUGCUGCAGAGACUUCGAGUAGCUUCGUUUAUACACUCAGCUGGUUUAGCUCCGCCUCGCCCAUCAUGUUUGUGUCAUCAGUUACGUUCUAGGGAAAUCAGUACAGACCAUUGGUGUAGCUGUGUUCAUAAAGUUGGGGGGGGACAAAUAAUGAUUUUGAUGUCAUGUAAACCCUUUCCCCUCUUACUAAGACGGAGGGUCCGGGGGUCCUCCACCGGAAAUUUUUGAUUUUAAAAGUGCAAAAUAGAACUUUUUAAGCAGUUUUUGUAUCUAACCAUUGGAUACAUCGAUGUUAAACUUAUUAUUGUUUCAUUAAGAUAAAAUUUGAUGAGUGAAGAAAUUACAAAUAAAGUUGGGCAGAAUAAUAUUAUAAAAUAACAAUAUCACGGUCUAGAAAGUUGGGGGGGACAGUCUCCUCCACCCAAAAAGUUCAGGGGUACACGUCCCCCCUGACCCCCCCGGUCCCUACGCCCCUGGUACAGACGUUUAACGAUACAUACGCAUAAGCAUGCUCAGGGAUUGAGAAACAAAUGGGACAUGGGAAUCAUGAAACCCCCCCCCCCCCCUCCACCAACCCUAUAUGCUGUAAAGGGUCAAGUUCUGAGGAGAAUAAACCUGCAAUCCACAGAAGUACACAAAGACUUUAUUUGAUUCCAUAUUCGUUCAAAAACGAUAUCAGUUAUGAAGUCGUUAAAAUAUAAAAAUAAAAUGUUUUACACACAGUAUGUAUUUUUUUUUUACUAAACCUUAACGUUGAAACAUAGAUUCGAAAUUCCAUAAGUUAGCUUGUUGUUUGAGAAAGUAAAAUUUUAUUGAGAAAUUAUAAUAUUCGCAAAAACAAGUUUUUGUUUUAACCUUGACCAUUGGCACCCUGAUGACAAACAAUACUCCGUCCUUGAGCAUGAUAUAUCGGGUUCCCUUGCAAAUGUGGUCACCAGUGGCACGCUACACGCAAUUUCCGAAUUCUUUCUCGACAAAAAAAAACUUAAAAUUAAUAUAUAAUAUAGUAAAUAUUUAAUGGUGGGUGAGGUCAAACAUUAUUUUUUGUGUUGCAAUGCUGCAGACAUUCGGUACGUUGUAGUAGGACACAAUCAGGAUUUUUAGCCAUAGGAAGUUUCUUACUGUAAUUAUUCUUCAAAGAUGUACUUACUUAUUAAUAAAGAAUAACGUUUUG